AGUCAAUUUAAAGUCAUCCUCAAAAGAGGAGAAAUUCAAGUGUUCGAGAAAAGGAGUAUCUAAAUUUUUCCAAUAGUGAAGUAACGCUAUCCAUUUCUUCUCCACUCUCCUUGUUUCAGCAAUGCAAAUACUUUCAGGACAUCGUUGCAUCUGCUUUACUUCCUCAAAUGACUUCCAUUAUUCUCCAUCGUAUCACCUCAAUGCUUCUUUUAAACUCCAUCAAAAAACAUCCUUAAACUUCCCCUCCUCCCAAACUUUACCUUCUUCUCUUUCAAUUCCUACACUAUUACCCCCUAAAAAUUUGCUCUGUAAACCCCCUUUUGGCAAACAUGUCCGUGAAGAUUACCUCGUGAAAAAACUGUCAGCUAAGGAAAUUCAAGAGCUUGUAAGGGGGGAGAGAAAUGUGCCUGUAGUAAUUGAUUUUUAUGCAACAUGGUGUGGCCCUUGUAUCUUGAUGGCUCAAGAGCUUGAAAUGUUGGCAGUUGAGUACGAAAGUAAUGCAAUAAUCGUAAAGGUUGACACUGAUGAUGAGUAUGAAUUUGCUCGUGACAUGCAGGUGCGAGGGCUUCCAACAUUGUAUUUUAUCAGCCCAAAUCCUAAUAAAGAUGCAAUUCGGACAGAAGGACUGAUUCCUAUACAGAUGAUGAGAGAUAUUCUUGACAGCCAAAUGUGAGGGAACAUGAACAGAAAAGUUCUUCCACAUCUUUGAACGACCGUCUAUGUGAUAGCCAUAGCAUGUAGGUUUGUAUUAGCUUCAGGUUAGGUUUCUUGUGGCAUUCAUCCAAGUUUUCUUACUCCUAUCUUAGAUAUGCUUCUGUCGUAUUCUACAUCAGUGUAGUAUGUAUGAGAAUAAGGCGGGAGCCUAGGUGAUGAUUAGUACAAUCUUUGAUAUUCGGUGGGCUUGAUGUUCAAGGAAUUACGGCUUACUACCCUAUCCACGAGAAUUGUUGCGUUUUGAGUAUGUUAUUUAAUGUAUAUGGAGAACUGUUGGGAUGCUUUAUCCCAGGUCGACAAAUUAAAGAUGCGCAUUUUAUAAGUUUUUGAA